AUGUUUAGUUGUACCCUAGAAAAUUUAGUUUUUGCUAAUGAAGUUCAAGAGGGGCUGUUGUCAAAAUUUCUACUAAAAUGUAAUAUGUGUAAUUAUAGCGCUGAGAUUUUAUCAGCUGACCCCAAAGACCACAAGAUGAACCUUAACAAAUGUUUGGUGAACGUAGUUACAAGCAUUGGUUGUGAAUUCGCUCACGUGCAAGAUAUUUUAAAUAAUUUGCAACUCCCGGUACUUUCUCAGCGGAAAUAUGCUGACAUUCAAUCAAAACUAUUUGAUGAGAUAGAAGAGAGUGCAAUUCAAGAAAUUCACAAAGCAGCCGAUGAAGAAAAAGCUAUUGCAUUAUCUGGAAAGAAUGUUGAGAAAGAUCAUAAAAAGGCCACUGAUACCGACAAGAAUUAUGGACAAAAUUGCGAGAAACCGGACAUGACCCCUGAGGAAUACCAGGAACGGAAGGAAGAAUAUUUGAAAAACAUUAAGAAAACAAAAACGGAAAUUAAAAACAUCGAAGAAAGAACAAGAGAACAGGCUAAUUCUACUGAAUGGGAUAAUGAAGGAAAAGCUUUUGAGGAAUUGAUGAACAAACAAAAACUUAUUAUAAAAAAAUGUGGAUUGUUUAUCAGUGAAAAACACUCAUUCUUGGGGGCAUCACCUGAUGGAUUAAUUGGUGAUAACGGACUAGUGGCAAUAAAAUGUCCAUGGUCCGUACAGGGACAGCUAGCUGUCACUGAUAGAGCCUAUUGUGUAUUGUGCGUCUGGACUCCUUUGGGUAUGAAGUGUGAAACAAUUUUAAAAGACGAUGAUUUAAAAGAAAAUAUGUUUCCAUUUUUGGAAAAAAUUUAG